CAGAAACAACUCAGUUACAAGCUCACGCGUUAUAACGCGACAUACGGUUAUUGUAAGCACUCGUAAGGUGUUUAACAUGAAGUACCUAAUUGUUCUGGCUAUAAUCGCGUUUUCGUACGCAGCUGACGACAAAGACGAUGAACGUCCGAAGACCUUCCGCCGUCUGAUACCAGCUGAUGUUUUAAGAGAUUUCCCUGGUCUAUGUUUCGCGUCGACCCGAUGUGCGACCGUUGAGCCUGGUAACACGUGGGAUCUGGCGCCAUUUUGCGGCAAAAGCACCUGUGUCGUCAGCGAGGACACGCCGCCACGUCUGCUUGAGCUCGUUGAAGACUGUGGACCUCUGCCCAUUGCCAACCCUAAAUGCAAGCUUGAUACUGAUAAGACCAACAAGACCGCACCCUUCCCCGAUUGCUGUCCUAUCUUCACAUGCGAGGAUGGAGUCAAAUUAGAAUACCCAGAACUCCCAACGCCACCUGAAGAAGAAAAGAAAGAGGAAGAGAAGAAAUCCUAAAUUCUUUAGCCUCAUAAACUUAAUGUUAAUGUGAAUUCGGGAGAGAAAAUCCAAAUUUUUUUACCUAUAAAUAAAAAUGAUAUAUUUAUUUUUUUUAUUUAAGCCAUGAUUCGCGGGAGUUUUUUUGUCAAACCAACUGUUUCGUCACUCACUUUCUAAAGUGAUAGUAUCUAUUGUUCAGAAUUCAAAAGCGGUUUCCUGUUUCCUGUUAUAUUGUGACAGAUCCGGCCUGUUUCACAAAAGGGCGACACAACAUUAGGACGCAAUGGUUGACGUUGCGACUUUUUUUUAGAAUAAUCGGUUUUUUUUUUAAUUGAAUACCUAUUUUUAGUGACAUUUUGUGAUAUUGAUGUGUAAAUGAUAGAAAAGUUAUUCAAUAAAAAAUACAAAAUUUCUAA